CGCUAAUCGGGUGGUAAACAAGUGUCACUUUUUACAUAAAAUUUUUAAAAUACUGAAUUUGUGUCCAAUUUUGGCCUCUAAAAAUAUUUUUCCUGGCUGAACUUGUUGUAAACCAUGGAUUUUCUGCUUCUACAUGCGUCUUUGGCAAUGAAAUAGUUUAUUAAAGCGAAAAAAAGCGGCCCAAGACUUGAAUAUGGCUUUGUCAAAUUUCGACGACAAGAUAUGUCCAAGGUUUCUUGAUGGUUACAGCAAGGAAAUUCUGCCGUGGGAUCGCUUUAAUCGAUGGAUAUCUUGCUUUUGUGUUGUUACUUUUGAUCUAGAAUUGGGACAGGCGAUGGAGGUAACGUUUCACACUACACACAGAAAAAUAUUAAAAAUAUUAAUUUAAUAAAACCAUUCAAAUUAUUGAAAAUCAUUGAUGUGAAACCAUCAAUGGUUUUUUCCAAGAACUGUUGGAAUUUCAAUUCACAUUAAUGGUACCAUUAAUGGUUUCUUUUCAAUACCACCAAUGUACAUUUUGUUGGCAAUAUUCACAUCAAUAUUCUUAGCAAUUAACAUUAUUAUAUAUAUAUAAAGUUAGUGCUUUAUAGAGAUUUUGAGCACUGAUAAAACUGAUAAUCUCACAUGUGAGAUUAUUUGUGAUAAUUUCACAUGUGAAAAUGAUUGCUUUUCAAUUAUCUGCUUUUCUGUAAAAAUUGUCGCUUUUCAAAGACUGUCCUUUAUACUAUUAACAGAAAUGCACUCACUCGUGAGAUAUCAUGUUCAACACUCGAAAUAAAUCUGGUAUUUUCGCGCACCCAUGUAUUAUUCUUUAUGUAAUAUAAAUAAAACCCAUUCUUAUCAUAAUGUCAUUCAUGGUAAAAACUAUAAAUUAUCACCAUGAUGUAACGAGGGUGGAAAGUUUGUUUUUUGUGCGCCGAAGAUUUGAUCAAGGUUCAGUAACAUGAUGCUUGCGAUGUUACUCUGAGUGUAUAUCCACACUGGGCGAGCUUGAAAAAUAUGCCCGGCCCCAGCGGGAAUCAAACCUACGACCUUAAUGGAAUACUAGCCCAGUGACAUAUUCACAUGUGCCGCCGAGUUGCUGUCAGCACCAGUCAGUGCUAAAUCAAAUCCCCUUUAUUAAAUGGCUGUAAUACAAACAGAAAUGGUUAAGAACAUUGUAGUGUGCACAACUAAAUACGUUUUUGUACGCUAGUGUACCACACCAGUUCAUUUUCCCAUAAUUCUGCGUCAAAAUGGAGGAAAUUUAUGAAUUCAAUUUUCCACACCAAAGGUCUUUCGCGCAACCUACAAGCUUUCCACCAUGGUGAUGUAAUAUAUUGAACAAACCCAUCCAUAUAAUGAUGUCAAUAUCAUUAUAUCAUUAAUUAAUUAAUUAAUGGUCAGACUUAGGCCUAAAAAAAUACCUGUGGUUCCGGUUUGAUAUCGUGAAAAAAUGAAGGUCAGUAGGUUGGAAAUAAUUUUUUUUUUAAAUAUUUUUUUUAUGGUUUUGGCGUUUUUUACUGGGCGAUUUGCAGUAGAGUCCCGGCAUCAAUAUUAACUAGAGAUGCGUAUUUCCUAUGGAAGAAUUUAAGCAAUUUAGUUCAAUAAUUAGAGUGGCAACAGACGCCAUUUUGGCCACGCUGUAUGAGCAGCCCGCAACCACCCGGAGAAAUAGGGUCGCACGGUCAAUCGCGUUGAAAAAAUAAUAGGGUCGGCAGAAAAAAAUAAGGUUGGUCGGGAACCAGAAUCACAGGUAUUUUUUUUAGGCCUUACUCUGCUUACACAUUUAAAUUGCCCACACACUUGCUACUUGAAUUUGCAACGUAGGAGGAAUAAAGUAGGCUGCAUUUUGGCGGAUUGCUGCUUAUAGUGGGAUGUUAAGCUGUUAACUCAGACAAUGACAUUGAGUCGUUUACAGUGUGAAUGGUCUGACUCAUUGUCUGUAUUUGAUGAAAUAUUAAUGAUUUUAUGACUUUCACAGUUUGAAAUUAAGUUUUAAUUAAAAGCAUCAUUAUUUCAAUCAAUUUUAGGUCUCUGCAUGUCUCUGAUUGUAUACUCCACAAAAUGGAAUUGACCUAUAUGCUAAAUAUGUAUAAGUUAAAAAUUUUAUUGAAAUACAACAACAUAUUAAAUAAAAUGCAAUGAACUUUUUUACUAUUCAGAAUAAUUUUAAAUCGCCUGGUCAUUUCAGACACUCCAAAUUUCAGUAUUUUGCGGAGGAUGACCCCCUGGACACCCUACAUGGCUUGUGCCUUCAGUGCUUGAUUAAUGUACCCUUGUUUCAGUUAUGUUUCCCCAGUGCUGCUAAAUCCAACAUGGCUUGCAUCAUACACAUGCUUUAAUUCUAAACUUUACCGGACAAUACUGUAAUUGCUGAAAAAAGGAUGAGAAUAAGUUGUCUAGUUAGAACUUUUGAUAUUUCCAAUAUGCGAAAAAUUGAAUAUUGAUAUUUUUUAAUCGAUGUCAGCCUAGGUACAAUAGAUUAUAAUUUGGGUUAUGAUUUGCAACUUUGACAGCUUAAAGCUAAUUUCCUGGGCUGGCUUUUGAUACUACCAUAUAAUUUAAAUUCUAUGACUAUGGCUUUGCAGGUUUCUAAUGACCAGUAAGUACUGCCCACUCUCAUCUGCAGUGCUCUUUCGUCCUUUCAAUUAAAUUAUUUAGCAAUGAGCUUUAAUGAACGUCCUUCUGGAGUUCUCCCUGCACGAUCUCAGGCUCUGACAGAUUAUUUACCUUUACAGUUUACAGACAUGUGUAUCAAUCAUGUUUCGCUCACUACUUUGGUUUAAAUAAAGGAAUUACAAAGCCCAGUCGAAUUGUAAUCAAGACCCAACGUUUCGACACUCCAGUCUAGUGUCUUCAUCAGGGGUGAUCUAAAACCUAAGUCAACUUUAGAUCACACCUGAUGAAGACACUAGACUGGAGUGUCGAAACGUUGGGUCUUGAUUACAAUUCGACUGGGUUUUGUAAUCAUUUAAAAUUUAUUUAAACCAGAGUAGUGAGCGAAACAUGAUUUACAGACAUGGAUUCAACAAUUGAAAGAUAGUCCUCGAGUUUAUUUUAUAUUGUUCCACAUAUAUUGGAUCGUUGAUGCUUAGUGUGUGCUGAAUUUGGUUAAAUGAUAUAUUAAGAGAUUAUGAAGAAAUUCGCUUAGUUCAGUUCCAUUUUCAAUGUCAGACGCCAUUUUGUAUCAUCGACCAUCAAUUUUUAUUUCUCGAUCAUCAAUAAUUUUUAUCCCUCGACUAUCACUUUUCAUUUCUCAACUAUAGUCGACUAUGAAUUUCUCAGUUUUUGAAACUUGACAAUCAAUUUGUAAAACUCAAUGCACUUUUGUCAGGUUUGGCUUGCCAUAUUUCAUUCCCAACGUACGGUACAGUAUAUUUAUCAAGGAUCAGUUUAAGGUAAUAAGGUGCAGUGUCAGUGAUAACAAAUUUGUGCAGUGAUAAACGAGAUUUUGUGCAGUAUACUUACUGAUUUUCUUCAAUAUUUACAGUUAGUAACUGUAGGUGAAAUUAGGAGCGCAUAAUUUAUCACAAAUUAUGUUUACAUUGUUCAAAAACAUGAUAAGCACAAGGAAGACAAUCAGUUAUGCCGGUUUUUACUUAAAGUUUUGAAAUUUUAUAUCGAAUUUUAUAUGGCCUAAUAUUCAAUCUUUCAAGAUGGAAUGUAUCAAAACUUGUGUCUGAAAGUGCAAGAAAUCAACCUCUGGAAGCUAAAUAGUACGAAACAUUUCUGGAUGAGGACCCCCAGGUCUCCUGAAAAGUUCUGUCUUUUCCAAUUCCCCAUCACCUAGUUGGGUCCCUUUUCCUAGGUUCCCAAUCAUGUACAAAUUCGUAAAUAUUCCUGUUUUGGAUAUCCCAGUACAGCACUGAGUAACGUAUGAUCUAGAGAGCUGUACUCAGCGCUCCUUCGCUAUGUGACAUGCUGCUAUUUUAUCUUUUUUGUGCAGAUAGUAAUACAAAUAAUUCCUGUUAUUCAUAAUUUAAAAUAAUCCCUGUUAUUCAUUGAUAAUGUAAAUCUUUUUUUUCUUCAGAUGAUUUAUCCUCGUUUUGUAAGACUAACGGAAAAAGAGGUAUUAAGAAAAUACAGUAUUUAUUAUUAUACCAUAUUAUUUUAGUUAUUUCAAAUAAGCAAUUUGUCAAAAGUGGUUAGUUGAUAUACAGUGUAAAAUAAAACAAUGCGUGCAAAGCCCCAGCCCCAUCAGGCCCCGAUGUCGCCCCAUCCCCAGCCAAGGUUUUUUCUUUCCUAAAAUAUAAGCAAAACAUUGCUUAUAAAACUUACUUUAUCCAACCAUCUUUCAUCUCUCCACGCUCAGUAUACUAUAGUAUGAUCCCUUUCUGUAGAUGCCCCCCCCCCCCUACACGUUCUGACGAAUGUUGUGAACCGUUAUAACUCUAUCAAGUGCCAUACACUCAGUAGCCUUUUCUUUUUUCAUUUAGAAAAUGAACAUUUGUUAUUUGGCAUUCCCAGAUUCGAAUUCAGGUAAAUAUUAUAAGCAGAGUACUACGAGUCGAUGGUCACUUUUAAAUUUGUGUUCUGUAUAAGUUAGCUAGAGAACUUUGUACAGUAAUCAGUAUUCUCGGAUUUUAUUCGGCAAAUAUUGGGAUGUUUAUAAUUUCAAUCUUUUUUAACGAUUCUAGAAUAUGAAAUUCACUGUCUAAAUAUUCAUAUUUCUUUGUGUUAUUGAAAAAGAAGCUGCCGGUUCUAAGUUGUCCGCCCAACAGCAUAAAACAUGCACGAGUGAGUUUUUCAAAGGGCCGGGCAUCUAAAUUGCACGAGUCCGAAUUAGGUAGAUAAGUGUACUAUUUGAGGUCUUUGAAAAAUUCACGAGUGCUUGUUUGAUCCAAAUUUCACGAGAAACCAUCAUAUUACGGAUUAAUAAUAUCACAUAAAAAUGUUCGAGACAAUUGACGAAGUGACUGGCUUCAUCACGGAUACGAAACCGGAUCUACUGUAGCAUGCAGCCACAGAAUAGAAAAUAUAACCAGAAGCCUCACUGUACACCUUUCCUUAACAUUUUCGUGUCCGCGAUUUUCGCCUUGCGGAUCACGAAUUUCGCACGCUAGAUGACAUGUGUGACACUUGCUGCGAACAUCACGCCAGCGUUUGUCAGCAUCAAUCUGGCGGUCAAUUCCUCAAAUCAACGGUUUUUCUUGAAAUUCACAAAACAUGCUCAAAGUGUACGCUGCAUAUUCUGCAAUUAUUGUGUAAAUAUUUUACGCUUUUGUUUUUAAGUCGUGUCUUCCUGUUGCGAUGACCCAUUAUUUGGACCUGUGGCAUUUAAAAACGGUUAAAACGACGAUCCUUAUCAAGUGAUGGCGUAUUGCUCGUGUUUGAUAUCGUCGUGAUUACACUUGCUGGCUCGCGCCUGCGCAUAAAAAAUCACGGACAUAAUUUGGGCUCAGUGAGACUUCUGGUCUUACUUUCUAUUCUGUGAUGCAGCCUAGUCCCUGGCCUUCCAAGCGCGGGCGAGUUACAGGCUGUCGUGAACUUGCGGGCUCUCAGCUUCGGAAAAUAUCCGAACUGGGUCGUGCUGGAAGGCCUAGCAAAAUUCGCAUAAUCAACAUGGCGGUGUAUUUUCGUGAAUUGGAUUAAUCUUCACUAUUGUAUUAAAAUGUAACGAAAUGCUUUUAAAACACGUAUUAUAUUUAAAUUUUGUAUUUUGUCUCGUUGAUAAACCAAUCAGGACACCACUGGCACUGACAAUUUGUUGGCUUGUCCACACAAAGACUGUGUCGACCGAAAUGAUUUGUUCAAAAAUAUUAACCAGCAUUUCUCGACACAACAUUUAAAACCACACACUGGAAGUAAUGGUAAGCUUAAUGGAACAGAACAUUUCACUUGCUAAUGAAAGGACCGUGCGAUGAAUUGAUUUUUAGAAAGUACAUUGCAGUAUCAAUACAAAUAUAUUUAUCUUAUUAUUAAUACCAAAGGUUUGACAUAUACCAGAUUUAAGUUUUAUUAGUUAAAUAUAUGGUGCCUGACUAUCAGUAUCAAGCUAACUGAAAAGUCAAGUUGAGCAUGAUACUCAUAUGCCAAUUAAAUUUCAUGUUAUAUACCCAAUAUAUUUUGUUGACAAGUAAAAUUAUCUGGCAAUAAACAAAGUAAAAUACCAGGAUGAGAAAAUGUGUUGAGAAAAUGAGAAAAGGUGUUUUGCCCAGAUUCAACUUACUUUAUUAUUUACUCUGUCUAAUGCCAGACAAUUUUACUCAUCAGUGGUAGGGUACUGCCUAAAACUUAUGUAAGA